AUGUCAAAAAACCAAACAACUGUACCUCGUUUGCAAAGAAUUCGUAGAAAAAUUCUAUACUUUCUUAAGCAUGAAAUUUGUAAAUUUCAUUGCCAAGAAUCAGUUACAAAUUUUAUCGAAGUAAUAAAUCUUGGUUACUGGCUUUUGGGGUGUCUUGGCGAAACGACCCUAGCGUCACCCGUAAAAAAUGAUAGCUGGAUAAAUCUGUAG